AGAGCAGCCAACAUGGCGGCGGAGCGCGGCGCGGGCCAGCAACUGUCGCAGGAGAUGAUGGAGGAACGUGGGCCUGUGAACUGGGAUGGUUUUCUUGGCCAAAUGGAUAGUGGAGCAUGGAUGAAGUUGACAGGCGGGUCGAGUCUGAAGAAUCGGGCGAUGAAGAAGGGAAAAAGCAGAGCAGCAAUAUAGUGGCGGACCUCAGCGAGCACAGCCUGAAGGACGGAGAAGAACGGGGGGAAGAAGACCCAGAAGGACAAGAGCUGCCUGUGGAUAUGGAAACCAUUAACCUGGACAGAGAUGCAGAGGAUGUUGACCUGAAUCACUACCGCAUCGGGAAAAUGGAAGGGUUUGAGGUCCUGAAGAAGGUGAAGACUCUCUGCCUCCGUCAAAACCUAAUUAAGUGCAUUGAGAACCUGGAGGAGUUGCGCAGUCUCCGAGAGCUGGACCUUUAUGACAACCAGAUCAAGAAGAUUGAGAAUCUGGACACACUGACAGAGCUGGAGAUUCUAGAUAUUUCCUUCAAUCUUCUGAGAAACAUUGAAGGGGUUGACAAGCUGACACAGCUGAAAAAACUCUUCUUGGUCAACAAUAAAAUCAGCAAGAUCGAGAACUUGAGCAGCUUACAUCAACUGGAGAUGCUGGAGCUGGGGUCCAACCGCAUCCGGGCCAUUGAAAACAUCGACACGCUGACCAGUUUGGAGAGUUUGUUUUUGGGGAAGAACAAGAUCACUAAACUUCAGAACCUGGACGCGCUCUCCAACCUAAGAGUCCUCAGUAUGCAGAGCAACCGGCUGACCAAGAUCGAGGGCCUGCAGAGCCUGGCGAACCUGCGGGAGCUGUACCUCAGCCACAAUGGCAUCGAGGUCAUCGAGGGCCUGGAGAACAACAACAAACUCACCAUGUUGGACAUUGCAGCAAACAGAAUAAAAAAGAUUGAAAAUAUCAGCCAUCUAACAGAGCUGCAGGAAUUCUGGAUGAACGACAACCUGCUCGAGUCCUGGAGCGACCUGGACGAGCUGAAGGGAGCCAAGAGCCUGGAGACGGUGUACCUGGAGCGCAACCCCCUGCAGAAGGACCCGCAGUACCGGCGCAAGGUGAUGCUGGCGCUGCCCAGCGUGCGGCAGAUCGACGCCACCUUCGUCAGGUUCUGACCCUCCUCGCCCCUUGCUCCCUCUCUCCAAAAGAACUUCCCAGCCAUGGUUUUUUAAUCCACCUGUUCGUUGCUCCUGAAAUCGUCACUAUAUCAACGGUCACAACCCAAUGGCAAUAAAGAGGCACUGAGUGAUCGCUGCCGUGUGUGCCGCCGCUCAC